AUGUGCUACCGAUGCGUGAGAGAAACGGCGCGGCGUGUCAUUGCCAUAGCAACGGGUUCUCGCUUCGUGUUCCUCUCAAGCAUCCCAGCGCAAGCGCAGUACUUCGAUAUGCCAAAGUUGAGACCACUGAGCACAGCCGAGUUCGCGCAAUUCCGCGUUUACAAAGCCCUGAAUGUUUACGUUCGGAUUUCUUGGAGCGCCAGAAAAGAAAUCACCGAGUUACCUCCAUGGUCGUUCCAUUGGAUCACGUCCGGGACCGGGAUAAUAUCAAAGUUACAGGGGGUAGAUUAUCGCUAUAAGGAAGGUGAUCAAUGGACUGGAUUAGGAUAUUGUGAAAGGAUUAUUUAUGAUGACGGCUAUUACCAAAUGUCAGCAGAUGGACGACGAAUGAUUAAACUUUCAAGAACAGAACCAACGAAGUUAUUAGUAUCAAUUCCCGAUUUGUGGAUUCUUGGGAUAUUAGUUAAUAACAAUAAGUAUUCUGGACUAUGGGCUAAAAAAAAUGCAGAGUACAAACGAAUUGCAAAAUACUUAAAUGAACAUAUAGCUCAACUGAUGCAUGAUAGUGAAGCGGGUCAUCUUACUGAAGGGAAACAAUUCUAUUCAAAACGCAGGCCAACGCAAAUAACCCCUGGGUAUGUUCAAGAAUCGAGUCGACCUCGGCGAGGACAUUAAUUUCCAACUUCAGACAAAACAACAGUAAAACUCUGAUACUGUGCCGGCUUUCGGGCUGUCGAUGGUAGGGAACAAACCCGAUUGAGUUUCGCUCCGCGUUUGUUUGGACGCGCUUCAACCUGUACA